AUGCUGUGCAGACAGAAGCUUCGGGAAUUCAAACAGGGUCAUGAUGUUCAAGGCGGCAGCUCAGAUGAUAAGCAAGGCGGUGCAAGUUCUGACGACGAUGACGAGGGCGGAGAGCCAGCAGAGCCCCGCUUCGUGAUCGACGACGAGGGCCAAAUCACUUUCCAAGACAUCAUCAAAGAUUCCUUGGAGGAGGAAGUUCAUGCUUUCAUUGCAGAAAUUGAGCACAACAACAUUCGGAAGAUGCACGGUGCAUACUGUUGCCCUUACUGCCCUUUCCGAGCUUUUGGUCGAUUGUGCCAGCUCUCUGAUCACCUGAGGCGCCAUCAUGUCGCCGCCAAGCAGUUUGUGUGCUCAGGAAAGAAGCAGUUAAAAGUGAUUUUGGCCUUGCACGAUUCAGAUUCUGUCCGCAAAGAGAACGGUGCAGACUACUUGUUUCGCAGUGCCAUGCUCCUUAGAACUCAAGUGGUUCCUCCUCUCGACCGCAACAAGAGUUUUAUUGACAAGAACCUACGCCUGCUGCUAGAGAAAGACGGUCCAAGAUAUGUCAACCAAAAGGCCCUUGGAGAACAAAUCGUUGCCCGCAGAGUGUUGAACAUCUAUUACGACAAAUCCUUUGCCGAAAUGGUCUACAGGGAAAUUGUCUUGCACCAUUCGAGUGUUCCUUGGCAGCAGCAGAACAUGCACGUCAAGAGCAUUUGGCCUCGUGUACAUUUGCGGGCUUUGGAAGCCGGCAACAUGCUUGGGAACUUGUACCCUUCCCAUACACGUCAUUGGUGGCCUCUUGUGGAGGACAUCUACAUGUCCUAUCAAGUCCAAAGUUUGAAGAGCUCCAUCUUCAAAACUUUGGAACACAGUCAGGAAUUCUUGUGCUUGUCCAUUGAUGCUACACUCAAAGUCUGCAUGACUGUGCAGGGACAAGCAAACUAUAGAGCAUCGGCCCAAACCCGAAAUGCGGCUUGCUUUGAUGAUGAGCAUUCUUUGAGAAGGGUGCUGACUAUCAGGGGGCGUACCGGUGCCGUCUUAGGCAUGGUUCCUUUGAAAGAGAUCUGCCCAAACCUGAGCUGCCUCUCCUUGGAUCCUGUUCAUCUGGCCAUUGUCUACGAAUAUGCCCAGUGGGGGAAGAAGACGGCUGGAUCGAAAGUUCUACGGUGUUUGCUACAUAAGAUGAACCAGGUAGCCCCGAACAUGCGUUCCAGCUCUUGGGGGCCCCUCUUCACUGGCACCGCACCGCCAAGCCUGACUCGCAAUGAAGAGCGGGCACGACAUCUCAUCACUGACGGCAGCAUGGGCGCAACCAGGGCCAAACACAUCCUGGACAACCUUCAUCCAGAUUUGCCUUUGUUCUGCCGAAUCACCUUCAUUGAGGCAUUAGCCGCCCUUUGUGCAACGUACCCACAUGAGGUGAGCCGUAAAGUGACAGGCUCCAACAAAGAAAUUAGGAAGGUUCUUUGGGCAGCCACAGCACCAGAUAGAUUGGAAUGGCUGAUGAACAACCUCCGUGUGCGGCACGAUCUAACCCCUCUAGAGCGGGGGUUGCUGCCAAGCGGCACGUCCUCUAAUGAGUCCCUUCAUGCCGAGAUAAAUUCGUGGACUAAGUCCAUCCGUUCACUGCACCAGAGCACACUGCGGCUGAAGCUUGAAAUUAUGCAGUUUGGCAAGGUGCUCGCCCAUCAUGUCGCCUCGUGUUUUCCUACGGUGCAGCAGACUUCAGAAGCUGUCCUGCUUGCGCGGGCAGUGGCCACUGAUGUCUGGACCGAUGCCACCUGGCAAAACUGUUGCUCGUCUGCCAAGGCACCUGUACCUUUGCAUCGGGCGCGGCAAGCGGAAGCCAGAAAGGUACAGAAGUGGAAGCAAACAAUCCCCAUAAAGAGACGCGGAAAGAGGACAGUCCACUCCGUCAAACGUGUGCACUCGAUUCGAUCUUCCGGCGUCAAGCCGAAAAGGCUUCGACGAUAG